UUGAGAUAAGUUGUGUCUGUUCUGUGCAAAAUGUAUGGCAUACACAAGAAACGUAUGGCAUAAUGAAAUUUCAUUGCUAAUGGCAAUUUCAAGAUCUCCAGAUUGGUCAGUAGCUUCCAUUAAGUCUUGCAGAAAACCCCACAAGAUCAUCGUCUUCACUCCUUCAUGGAAAACCCUUCCAUUUUUGUCACUCCCAUGCUUCUCCAAUCUUUCUCUAUUUCAACUCAACGCUUCAAGUUGCCCUUCUCCAAUCCUGGAAGAGCCAUCCACAAAUUUUCCUGUCAUUCAACUAGACUUCAGAGUUCAAAAUUCUCAAGAAUAUCAGAUACCAGACUCCAAGAGUUUAAAUAAGUUCUUAUGUGGAAUACUUCGAGAUCCAAGAACUGAACAUUUAGCUUAUGAGUACUACAAGAAAGCAACGGAAAGGCAAGAAUUUAGACCUGAUAAACCAAUGUUAAAGCUUCUAAUAAGGUACUUGAUGCAAUCAAAGAAUUGGGAUUUGAUUUUACCAGUUGCUGAUGAUUUCAACAAGUAUAAUGUGUUGCCUGAUAGCAAUACUUGUUCAAGGCUUGUUUAUAGUUGCAUUAAAACCAGAAAAUUCAGAAUAGUAGAAUCUCUACUUGAAUGUUUCAAAUGUUAUAGUGAAAUUCCUGUCUUGGCUUUUGAUUCAGCAAUGAGAGGAUAUAAUAAGCUACAUAUGUAUAGUAGCACAAUAUCUGUAUAUGAAAAAAUGAAAGCAGCAGGCAUCUUCAUGGAUUCUGGGGGUUAUUGCCAUAUAAUGAAGGCAUACCAGAAAAUUGGUAAUACUGGAAAGGUUCUUGCAUUGUUUCAUGAAUUUGAAAGUAGAGAACUAAAACAUUCAAGAUUAGCUUUAACCCAAAUUUAUAGGGUAUUAUGCGACUCAUUAGGGAAAUCGGGCAGAGUUUUUGAAGCUCUUGAAUACUUUGGAGAUAUGAGAAAGAAAGGAAUUUUGGGGGAUUCUCAAAUUUACGCUUCUUUAAUAUCUUCAUUUGCAAGCAUUCGAGAGGUUCAUGUGGCUGAAGAACUAUUUAAAGAAGCUGAAGAGAAUAAAAUGUUGAAGGGCCCUGAAAUAUUUUUGAAACUUGUGUUGAUGUAUGUAGAUGAAGGGCUAUUGGAGAAAACUCUUGAGAUCGUGAAAGUGAUGAAGCGUCUAAAAGUGAGGAUGUCUGAUUGCAUAUUCUGUGCAAUUGUUAAUGGAUUUGCUAGGAGGAGAGGGUUUCGUGCAGCGGUGAGAAUUUAUGAGGAGUUGAAAUCUGAUGGCUGUGAACCUGGACAGGUGACAUAUGCUUCGAUAAUAAACGCAUAUUGUCGAACUGGGUUAUAUUCAAAAGCUGAAAUGGUGUUCUUGGAGAUGCAGGGAAAAGGAUUCGACAAAUGUGUUGUGGCAUAUUCUAGCAUAGUCGCAAUGUAUGGAAAGACAGGAAGGACAAGAGAUGCAAUGAGGCUCGUAGCGAAAAUGAAAGUAAAGGGGUGUGAACCAAAUGUAUGGAUAUACAAUUCAUUGUUGGAUAUGCAUGGGAGAGUCAAGAACUUGAGGCAGGUGGAGAAGCUGUGGAAGGAAAUGAAGAGAAGGAAAGUGGCGCCUGAUAAGGUAACUUAUACUAGUGUAAUUGCCGCGUACAAUAAGGCUAAGGAGUUUGAAACGUGUGUGAGAUACUAUCAUGAGUACAGAUUUAAUGGAGGAGUGAUUGAUAAAGCUGUGGCAGGAGUCAUGGUUGGGGUUUUCUCGAAAAUUGGCCGAAUCGAUGAGUUGUUGAAGCUUCUUCAGGACAUAAAAACAGAAGGCACACAGUUGGAUGGAAGACUAUACCGAUCUGCUUUCAACGCCUUGAGAGAUGCAGGGCUACAAAUGCAAGCCAAAUGGAUGCAGGAGAGCUUCGAGGCAAUAUAAUAUAGAUAUCAUAGCCAAUUACUACUAUAAUUUUCAAGGCAAAAUGUAUAUGUUCUUCUAACAUCAGAUUUUUCAAUGCUAGGUGCCUUGUGUAAGCGGUUCUGUUUUCCCGCUAAAACUCGAGUGGAUGUUUACGUCUGUGUCUGUAAAUACAUACACAGACAGCAUAUGCACAUGUAUAUACAAGGAAGUUGUUUUCCUGUU